GUGCUGUCGCGGCUAGCAGGUGGCGUUGGUGACUGCCAGGGUGACGCUUUGUCACCUGAAGAUUUUCAGGAAAGUGUGCAAGAGAGCCCGGUGGCUUUCGGAGCGUUCAAGCUUUGCAGUGGUGCAGUGUGCCGCAAAUGGAAGUCGGGGCUGCUGGUGGACGGCCUGGCAAGUCUGCAUCGGUCGGCUGCUGGCCCAGGUGCGCUUGGAGCCACACUGGCUUUUGCCAAUGAGCAAGGAGCCCACUUUGUUGCGUGCCUCGCGGUGUUGGAUGCCGUCCAGUGGUGGUCUGAGGUCGGCAUGUUCUCAGUCAUCGACUUGGACCUUGCUGCCAACCAGCUGCGUCGCGGAUGUGAAGCAAAAGGAUUGGACAGCGAGGAGUUGGCGAGGGACUUGCGACGCCUUUCUGAGACUUAUGUGUUUCGUCAUGUGGUCAUGCUGCGGUGGAUUUGA